GGAAGACGGGCAGUUUCAUGUCCUCCCUGAGGAUGGAGCCACAUGGCCGUCCUGGAAAGAGCCGGAAAUCCACAAAAUUCAGGUCCAUCUCUCGCUCCCUGAUCCUCUGUAAUGCCAAGACCAGCGACGACAGCUCCAGCCUCGAUGAGAAGUUCCCAGACCCCCUGGAGAUGUCCCUGGGCCAGGCCCAGCCGGGCCCUGUGCACUCCCCUGCGCAGCUGGCGGACACCUUGGAGGCCGGGCUCAGCAGCCUUCCCGACCUCACCCUGGCCUCCGAGGCCACUCACGUCCAAGCAGCUGCAGGCGACCGUGGCAAGGGCUGCAGAAGGAUGUUCUUCAUGAAGGACUCUUCCACAACUUCCUCUAGAGAAAAGCCUGGAAAACUAGAAGCACAGAGUAGUAACUUCCUGUUUCCCAAAGCCUGCCACCAAAGGACACGCAGCAACUCCACCAGUGUUAAUCCCUAUUGCAUGGAAGACAUGGACUUUCCAGUGACAAAGAAAUCUGCAGACCCCACAGACAGGCAGCCUUACUCUCUCUGCAGUAACAGGAAGUCCCUCUCUCAACAACUGGACUGUCCAGAAGGAAAGGCUACGGGCACUUCCAGACCGACCCGGUCCCUGAGCACAGCCCAGCUCGGGCAGCCCUCUGGGGGUCUCCAGGCUUCAGUCAUCUCCAGUAUUGUGCUGAUGAAGGGCCAGGCCAAGGGCCUGGGCUUCAGCAUUGUUGGGGGAAAGGACAGCAUUUAUGGCCCCAUUGGAAUUUACGUGAAAACCAUCUUUGCAGGGGGAGCAGCAGCAGCUGAUGGAAGGCUCCAAGAAGGUGAUGAAAUUCUGGAGCUCAAUGGUGAAUCGAUGGCUGGAUUAACGCACCAGGACGCCCUGCAGAAAUUCAAGCAAGCCAAGAAGGGGCUGCUCACCCUCACAGUGAGGACCCGCCUGACGGCGCCCCCGCCCCUGGGCAGCCACCUGUCACCCCCACUGUGCCGCUCCCUCAGCUCCAGCACCUGCAUGAUCAAGGACAGCAGCCCCUUCACCCUGGAAAGUCCCACGUCCCUCGCCAGCACCGCCAAGCCUAACUACAGAAUCAUGGUGGAGGUUUCCCUGAAGAAAGAGGCUGGCGUAGGCCUGGGCAUCGGCCUGUGCAGCGUCCCCUACUUCCAGUGCAUCUCGGGCAUCUUCAUUCACACACUGUCCCCGGGGUCCGUGGCGCAUCUGGAUGGACGUCUGCGAUGUGGUGAUGAGGUCCUGGAGAUCAAUGGCUCCCCCGUGCACUGCCUGACGCUCAAUGAGGUCUACGCCAUUCUGAGUCACUGCAGUCCCGGUCCUGUCCCCAUCAUCGUCAGCCGACAUCCGGACGCACAGGUUUCCGAGCAGCAACUCAAGGAAGCUGUGACUCAGGCCGUGGAGAACAGCAGGUUUGGGAAGGAGCGGCACCAGUGGAGUUUGGAAGGUGUCAAAAGGCUGGAGAGCAGCUGGCAUGGACGGCCCACUGUGGAGAAGGAGCGCGAAAAGAACUCAGCACCCCCUCAUCGCAGGGCUCAGAAGGUCAUGGUCCGCUCCAGCAGUGACAGCAGCUACAUGUCCGGGUCCCCAGGCGGGAGUCCCUGCAGUGGCGGUGCAGAGUGCCAGUCCUCUGAACUGGAGGGCAGCAGGCACAGCCCCAGCCUGACCCUGGGGCAGGAGCCAGGGCUGCCUCUCCUGGCACCAGCCAGGCCACCCGAGGAGAGCCCGCCUCUCCCCGAAAGCCUGGACGGCCACCCACCACUGAGACUGAGGAAAUCCUUUGAGAUUUUGGUGAGAAAGUCAAGGUCCUCCAAGCCCAAGCCGCCACCCAGAAAAUACUUCAAAAGUGACAGUGAGCCUCAGAAGAGUCUAGAAGAGACAGAGAACUCCUCGGGCUCUUCUGGCCACACCCUGCACACCUGCACCCAGGAAGCCAGAGAGCUGCUGCCACCACUGCCUCCACAGGAAGACACAGCAGGGAGAAGCCCCGGGGCUGUUGCCUGCUGCCCAGGCCCUGGAGUUGGCCCUCAGACUACAUCGUCCUCUGCAGAGGGCGAGUCAGAGAGGAGAAGAGCCAGCCCAGCUCCCCAAGCGUCCCCCCUAAAACACCCGGUGCUGAAGAGGCAGGCUCGGAUGGACUAUAGUUUUGAAUCCACUGCCGAAGACCCUUGGGUUAGAAUUUCUGACUGCAUCAAAAACCUAUUCAGUCCCAUCAUGAGUGAGAACCAUAGCCACACGCCUCUAAGACAGUCCAGUGUCAGCCUGGGUGAAGAAGGUGAGACACACGGCCACCCAGAUGAGACCUCGCCGAAGCUGGACACAGCCAACGGUGCUCUGAAAGCUCACAAGUCAGCAGACGGCAGCACUGUGAAGAAGGGCCCCCCUGUGGCCCCCAAGCCUGCCUGGUUUCGUCAAAGCCUCAAAGGUCUGCGGACUCGCGUUCCAGACCCCAAAAGGCAGCUGGAUGCAGCCUCAUCUUCCCAGCCAACGCCUGCUUGCAGGGAGUCCCCUGGGCUGCACCCCCGGGCCUCCUCCUCUUCCAUUAAGCAAAGAAUCAGCUCCUUUGAAAACUUUGGCUCCUCUCAACUGCCUGACAGAGGAGCACAGAGACUGACCCUUCAGUCCUCCUCCGGGGAGUCCCUCAAACCCUCUGGGAAGCAAGAGGGAGGACGGUUUUCUGGCCUCUUGGGGCGAGGGGCUCCAUUUUCUGCUAAGCACAGGCAGCCAGAACAAGAGCAACUGACCCCAGGCUGCACUGCAGCCUCAGGGGCCAGUGACCCAGGUGUGUCUGAGUCCCCUUCCCCAGAGCAGAGGCCCAGCCAGAAAACCCUCUCCGCUGACCCUGACCCCCUCGUGAGGUUGCUGGUCUCACAGACUGAGGACAUGCAAGGGCCAGUCCUCAAGAUGCCAAGCCAGCGGGCACGGAGCUUCCCCCUGACCAGAACCCAGUCUUGUGAGGCCAAGCUGCUCGAUGAAAAGACCAGUAAACUCUACUCCAUCAGCAGCCAAGUGUCCUCGGCUGUCAUGAAAUCCCUGCUGUGCCUCCCAUCCUCAGUCAGCCAGGCAACCUGCCUCCUGGAGGAAGGCACAGCAACAAAGCCAUCUUCCAACCAAGACUCAGUUGCAAAUGGCACGGCCGAGGCUGGGGCCCUGGACACCGGCUUCUCCCUCAACCUUUCAGAACUCAGAGAAUACACAGAAGGUCUCACUGAGCCCAAGGAGGCCGAGGACGGGGACCACUGCUCCUGUCAGUCUGGCCAGUCAGUUAUCUCGCUGCUGAGCUCGGAAGAACUGAAAAAACUCAUUGAGGAAGUGAGAGUUCUGGACGAAGCGACAUUAAAGCAAUUGGACAGCAUCCAUGUCACCGUCCUACACAAGGAGGAAGGAGUGGGCCUGGGGUUCAGCUUGGCAGGAGGAGCAGAUCUGGAGAACAAGGUGAUUACGGUUCACAGAGUGUUUCCAAAUGGGCUGGCCUCCCAGGAAGGGACAAUCCAGAAGGGCAAUGAGGUCCUUUCUAUCAAUGGCAAGUCCCUCAAAGGUGUCACCCACAACGAUGCCCUGGCCAUCCUCCGCCACGCUCGGGACCCAAGGCAGGCUGUGAUUGUCACCAGGAGGCCGACUGUGGAGGCCACAUCCGACCUGAACUCCUCCACUGACUCCGCAGUGUCAGCUUCUGCAGCCAGCGACAUUUCUGCAGAAUCUACAGAGGCCACCGUCUGCACAGUGACCCUGGAGAAGACCUCAGCAGGGCUGGGCUUCAGCCUGGAAGGAGGGAAGGGAUCCCUGCAUGGUGACAAGCCUCUCACCAUUAACAGGAUUUUCAAAGGGGCCACCUCAGAACAGAGUGACACAGUCCAGCCAGGAGACGAAAUCUUGCAGCUGGCUGGCAAUACCGUGCAGGGCCUUACCCGGUUCGAAGCCUGGAAUGUCAUCAAAGCAUUGCCUGAUGGACCUGUCAUUGUGGUUAUCAAAAGGAAAAGCCUGCAGUCCAAGGGUACCACAGCUGCUGGAGACUCCUAAGCAGAGCAACUCCAAAACCGAAGCCAAGAGCACGUAGCUCCCGUAACUGCUGAUUCUGUGUCCCUGCUGCCCACCCCACCAAGACUGGGGGAAGCACAGGUGUGCUGCUCAGGUCCAGCCCUUCUGGAACAACACUCAGCAAGAGGGUGGUCCUAAAAGUAGCGGCAGAGUCACACUGGGGUGGUACAAACUAUAGACUGUGUAUAGAGAGCUGAAUGAUAAAGCUUGGUGUCAUAAUAAAAUGGAUAUAUUACAAUUUGGUAUGAAAUAGAUGUCUUGAUUUGCAAAAUCUUACAAGUGCUCUAACUGUAACAGUCCAUCCAAAACAGAACUUUGUUCUUCUCCUGACUCUGCCCUGUGGGUGGGGCUUGGCUCCAUUUAGCCUUAGCUACAGCAUCUCCAGGCUGGGGGCUGGGACCUUGUAAGGGUGCUCCCUCACACACCUGGAGUCAUGUUGGUGGAUGGCUUGGAGCUUUGCGAAGUUUUGGUCCUGAACACUCGAAGGUGGCCUCCCAGGUGCUGGGCUUGCUCACAGAAUGUGUUUAGUGUCCCUGGUGAACACUCCAGGAAGGCAAGAGCCAGGUAGAAGCUGCAUCUUUUUUAUG